GUUUCAUUUUAAGGUUAUGUGCAUUCCGGUGUUAUUGUUUACAAACAAAUUUAAAUCUAGUUUAUUGUUUAAAUAAAAUGGACGUAGAAACUAAAAUAAAAGAGGACAUGCGCGGCCUCGGCUGUGAAUCCGAUAUAAAAAUAUCUUUAGCCUAUCAAUUAUACAUUCAUUUAAUUGAUGAAAAACUAAUGUACGAUACGGAAUAUUGCUACAACAAGGAUAUAGACGCAUUAUACAUAGUUGCUCGGCCAAGUAAGAACGAAAAAAUGAACAUUUAUGUGCCAAUACCGACCAGUGAAGACAUCAGUAUGGAUAAAAUCAAUGAAAUGCAGGAAAACCUGUGUACUAUUGAAACGGGUCCUGCAAUCAACUUAGCGUUCACAGAGGCGGAUUCAACUACAGUAAUUUACAGUUUUACUAAAGGUCUUAUCGAGAGGCAGAAUGUGGAGAAAGCAGCUGCCAACAGAAAUGAGAGAAGAAGUUUUAUUAACAGUGAAUUGAAAAAAAAUAAAAACAAUAUCUUAAAUGAUGCAAUGAAUGGUGGGAUUGUUGAUGAAGACGAUUGCAUGAUUUUAGAGUAAGGAUUACUUUUUGGUUUGACAAAAUGUACUCCUAUUCAACGGACUUCAAGUCGUAAAACUUUUUACUUGAGCUCCAUAUAAAUUGAGUUGUCAUGAGCGUUUAAAAGUAGUCAGCCCCAGAUAGUAUGGAAGUGAGAAGAGAAUAGGCACAAAUCGUUGUACAAUGUUACCACUAUGAGAAGCCUGUGACCAUCCGAGACCCUGGGUAACUUCUGAUCUUAACAUGUCACAGAAGUUUUUUCAGCUCAAACAGUCAAAUCAUUUUAUCGCCAGAUGAAUGAGAGUCAAGAUUUGGAAAGCAUCUACUAUUCUGUGCAUUUAGAUACAUGAAUGUAAAGGAAUCCAAAAACUCAUAAUUGCAAAUAAAAUACCAUGAAGAAUACUACAGUCUUUCAUGGAAAAUAAGCAUAAUAUGAGGAAAACUUAGUGAGCCUAAAAGUAAGAAAAAAUAUAAUUAUUAUUGUAUCUAUAUUAACUGUAAUAAAUAAAUUAUAUGUUUUCUGUACUA